AUGUCAUCUAUUGGUUCAGCAGGGCUUCGUGUUUUUGUGUUUGCCAUCUUCUGGCUCAGGAAGCGGCAAAUCAGAUCGGUAAAGAAAAGAAGGACCAGAUAUUUGUUCCGUCCAAUUGAUGGUCCAACCACUUCAAGGAUUCUGUGGGUGGGGAGGAAAUGGAGGGUCAUUCAGUAUACCCCGAGUUGCCAUUCUUCAACCUCAAUGACAUUCGAGCUGCUACCAACAAUUUCUCUCCCGCUAACAAGCUUGGAAGGGGAGGUUUUGGCUCCGUGUACUAGGGGUGACUACUGA